AUGUCCAGGCUACGAGCGCCAGAUGCAACCCAAACAUGGGUAGUUUCACCGGUAGACCUUCAUGCCAAACUUGGUCGAAGAUAUCGGAAAUCUCAAGCGGGACCAAAUGUGUUUCUCCGUGGCUAUCGAGUGAAGCUGACCAGGAUUGUGAGACAAAGCCAACAGGUCACCGGUGGGGUGACGCUAUCGGAAGCCAUACUGGCUGCAGCUCAGGAGUUCUUGAAGUUGCACUCAAUGACUGACGACCAAUUCAAAUGCCUGAUAUUUGUGUGCGCACUUCAGUCGCCCCGCGACACAGAAAACCGCACUCGCUUACUCAAUCGCAUCGAACAAGACCGAAACAUCAAUUUGCGGACAUUAAAAGACGAAUUCCAACGACUCGAGAACUUGAAGCAAGACUCAGCCAUCGUUGAGCAAUGCGGCGUGGCUCCAUCCUCAUCCAGUGUCCAUGCUGUUACAAAGCCACGGUCCAUGUCUACCCGAAAGCAGCAAGAAGCCGCUACCAGGAGACCCCUACAGUAUGUUGAAAAUGCAUUGUGCUCGCUAUUGUCCCUUCAAGAAACACUUGUCUCAAAAGUGCCACGAAGAAGACCACUGGUACACCAAACACCCCCUUACGUCAAAGGGGACUUCACAAACCAAGACGAUUCAGAUCAUCGUCGACCAAGUUUCAACCCAAAAUUCAAUCGAUCCUGUUUGCAGUGGAACCUGAAAUGA